UUAAUGUAGUGCAAAAUGUUUCGCUUUUAUAGGUAUAUACAGGAAUGGUUAGGUUGUCUUGUUUCAACAGGAAUCGUCAAGAUUCACGAGGAUGGCAAAUAUUCACUUCCGUAUGAGAAUUCUAUGGUAAAGGAAUGUUGUAACAUCGCUGCAGCACUUCCGGUUCUGAGUGAUAUGUUCCCUCGUCUAGAGAAAGUUUUACCUGAGGACGGACCUCGUGGUUAUGGCUACUAUGACCCUUUUCUCAAAUGGUGGGGUACCUAUCACAAUCCAGAAGUGACGUGGAUUCACGACCAACUGAUCCCUAUACUUGAUUUUAAAUCAGGCACUCAAUUUACGCUGCUGGAUCUUGGAUGUGGUUAUGGAAGGCUAACUAGAGAGAUAGCGAGAUUGUACCCUGACAGUACUAUCAUUGGGAUUGAUAUGGAUCAAGUCUCCAUAGAUCACGCCAACAAAGAACUGGAAAAAAGCGACCAGAAAAACCUCCAGUUUCUCUGUAUGAAAGGAGGACACCUUCCAAAGGAUUGGGCGGCAAAGUUUGAUUUUGUCAUUUUAGUUGAUCUUCUUCAUGAUUCAUACGAAGUGGACGGCAUUUUAGAAGAAACCAAGAGAGUCCUUAAACCAGAUGGACACGGCGCGGCAUACGACCCUCCCGUAUCUUCAAACCACAAGAAGCUAGUUGACAACAAGGCAGCCCAGUUCUUUCUGCCCCUGAGCCUAUUUUCCUGCCUACCUAUGAGUUCCUCCGGUCCUUCAGGAGGAGGUCUGGGAGUGGGGUGGGGCUACGAACGAAGGAAGGAAAAGGUGGAGGAACAUGGAUUCAAACUGAUUCCAUUUGGCGGAAAGGACGUGAACACAAUUCAGGAGUGCAUUGCCUUCCAGAAAUAGAAGAAACACAAAUAUAAUGCAAGAUGAAUGCAUCCGAGUGAAAACAAAGCUACCACUGAACUUUUUUUCCAUUUUUUAUGUUUUUUCGCGCCUUCAUAAUAGAACAUGUUAGUGUUUACUAGAUAUAUGGGAAUUCUUUUUCUCUUUGCUUUAACUUUAAUUAGCUACAACUAGUUAGAAGGAUUAGGUAACAAAUUAACCAUAAUAUCAUCUUGUACAACGCAACAACCAGUAACCUCUUUACAAAUAUCAGUCAUUGUGAG